AUGACUUUUGUGGCAGGUGCUGAUGCAGUUACAGGUGCACCUGGUGAAGGACUAACAGCUGGUUCCGGUGUGCGAUGUACAGGUGAGGCACCUGCUGUGACAUAUGCUGAUGCAGGUUGCAUAGUUACAGGUACUGUUGCAGGUGGUAAAGCAGAUGAUGGUAUUGUAGGUGCAUCAGUUGGUUUUAUUCGAACUGGAAGAGGAAGUAUUGUAGUUGCUUGUUUAACUGUAGGUGGAGAUGAUGUUGCAGAUGAGGUUUGCAAGAACUGCGGUUGUGCUUUUGCUGGUGCUGGUGCUGGAGUUUGUGUUACUGGCGGUGCUGGUGCUGGGGCUGGUGCUGGGGCUGGGGCUGGGGGUCUGGGGCCGGAGCUGGGGCUGGAGCUGGGGUGGUGUGGUGUUGUGUUGGAGUGUAGGUGUUGGUGUUGGCGUUGGCGUUGGUGUAGGUACAGAAGACACUUGCAUGACUGGAGUUUGUCUUAUAGUAGAUGGUCGCGGAGGUGA